UUUCUUAUUUGUUAAUGUAGUGGCGUCUGCUGUUUCAAGAAUAAAAACUAUUUCGCCUAUAUCUCCGACUAAGGACAUUUAAUGAAGUUAAAUUCGUAUUUAUUAGUUCAAAUUAACUGUCUCCUGCGAGUUUGCGAUGAUGGUGGAAGGUUGAACCGCAGCUUACCUCAUGGAAACAAAGGGGAACACUGAAAAUGUCCAAUCCAGUUAAAAAAGUGAGACAAGGAGAAAUAUUGUCCUUGAAAUCCAGAGGAAUCCAGAGCAAGGCAUCUCAUGAUCUUAGGAGACUUCAGUCCCUGCUUGCCAAAAGCAGCCCCAGACAAGAGGUGGCAGCGUUGAGUCACAGUAAAGCACGUAGCCAUGGAGCCAGCAGAUCACAAGGCCUGCAACCCCCAAAGGACAUCAACAGACCCAGGAGUGACAGCGACAUCACCGGUGAAGCCUCUGAACUGGAAAAAUUCAGCAUCACAUACAGCGACCAAAGAUGUUUCAGCAGCCACCCACUUCAUACGCUGUUCUCUGACAUCCUUGCAUCUUUGAUAAAAAACCGACUCUGCAGUGAAUGGAUUGACCAUGCACCGCCUGAAUCUGUGCUUAGAGUUCUCAUCUGCCUACGAAUUUUGAUCAGAGAUCCCCACCAUCAGAAAAUCCUACAUCAGCUCCAAGGCAUCAAUUUACUUGCCAAGUAUAUGGAGUGUGUCACUGACAUGUACAUAUCAUGUGGCGAGCAGGUCUUUGCUGUGCAGAAGCUGGUCACAAUGACCUAUAUGUUUCAGAAGCUGUCUGCCGAUGAACAUCAAAGGGUCUGGGUCAUCAAGAGCGGUGCUCACAGGACCCUUGUGAAGCUCCUCUCCACAACAGAUAGGAGUGUGCUGCUGGGAGCCCUGCUAGCACUCACUACUUUGGCUGAGAGCCCAGAAUACAAGGAGGAGAUUGGCAAGCUGCCAAUAGUGGAGAGCCUACUUGUAAUACUGCAGGAAUAUGAUCUGCUGUCAAAGAGAAUGAGUGCGGAGCUGCUGAGACUCCUGUCCCCGGUGCGGCAGGUGAGGGACCAGGUGAGGGAGCUGGAGGGUCUGCCGGUGCUGCUGAGCCUGCUGUACGGCCAGCACCUGAAGCUGCUGUGGAGCGUCACCUGGGUCCUGGUCCAGCUUUGCGAGGAUGCUGAUACUAGGACAGAAAUACGGAGCUGGGGCGGGGUACAGCAGCUUCUCCGGCUACUCAACAGUAACAGCCAGUACGUCUCUGACCGCUCGUCCAUCCAGACGCUCUCCAGCGCAAAUGCAGCCGGACGCAUCCAGAGAGAACACAUCAGAGAGGAGCUAAGCCUGCAGGAGGAGGUGGACAAACUUAUGGCCUUGCAGUCAGCCUGCUGUACGGUUCUGACUGAGCUUAGUCUGGAUGACACAUCUGCUCACCACAUUGUGCAGGAAAAUGGGGUCUAUAUAAUCACAAAGUUGAUUUUACCACAAAACACUGGACCAAAGGUCACAUUUUUACAGUGCUAUGCAUUUCGGACCCUCCGGUUUCUCUUCAGCGUGGAAAGAAACAGGCAUAUGUUUAAGAGACUCUUUCCCACAGACCUCUUUGAGUUGUUUAUUGAUGUUGGACAUUAUGUACGGGAUCUCACUGCCUAUGAUAGACUGCAAACCAGAGUUUCACUCUACACUGAAGAGGAACUGGACAGUCUAAGAGAGAGCAUCGAGGCUGUGGACCAGAACCGACCUCCCCGUAAAGUCAUCAACGGUUACUCCAUACUGGACCAUCUGGGUACUGGGGCCUUUGGAAGCGUCUUUAAGGUCCAAAAGCAGAGUGGCCAGAACCUCCUGGCUUUGAAGGAGGUGAACCUCCAUAACCCGGCGUUUGGCAAAGACAAGAAGUCCAGAGACAGUAAUGUGGAGAAAAUCAUGUCUGAACUCACGAUCGUCAAAGAACAGAUGACACACCCGAAUAUUGUUAAAUAUUACAAGACAUUUUUGGAAGGUGACAAGCUGUACAUUGUGAUGGAGCUGAUUGAGGGAGUGCCGCUGGCUGAACAUUUUAACUCUCUGAAGGAGAAGCAGCAGCAGUUCACAGAAGACAGAAUUUGGAAUAUAUUCAUACAGAUGUGUCUAGCGUUGAGGUACCUGCACAAGGAAAAGAGAAUAGUCCACCGCGACCUCACACCAAACAACAUCAUGCUGGGGGAAAAGGACAAAGUCACUAUCACUGAUUUCGGCCUCGCUAAGCAGAAACAGGAGAACAGCAAGCUAACGUCAGUGGUCGGCACCAUCCUUUACUCCUGUCCAGAGGUGGUGAAGAACGAGCCAUAUGGAGAGAAAGCUGACGUCUGGGCUUUGGGCUGUAUCCUUUAUCAGAUGGCCAGUUUAAAGCCUCCGUUCAACAGCAGCAACAUGCUGUCGCUGGCCAGCAAGAUCGUGGAGGCCGUCUAUGAGCCGAUUGAAGAGGGAGCUUUCUCAGAGAGAGUCACAGACAUGAUCAGAUGGUGUUUGAGUCCAGAUGCAGACCAGCGCCCGGACAUUGUGGCCGUCAGCUCCAGGAUCUCCGACCUCAUGAUGAAGCUGAUGGACAGCCUCUACACUUCCCAGAAUGCACUAGAAAGGAGAGCAGAGAGAGAGAGGAAACGAGCACAGAAGUAUUUCCUGGAAAGGCACAAAAGUAGGAUGAACUGCUGUUUCUCAAACCUCUCUCAGGAAAAUCCCUUAAUGAAUACUGAAUCGCCAAACUCUUCUGCAGCCUGCAGGUCAAACCACGGCGAGCAGAAUGUUAGUCAAGAUGGUGAUGUUGAACCAUGCGAUACCAAAAUCGACACCACCGCUUUUACAGGACAACACUAUGGAUUAAAGUCCAGUGCCUGUGAUACACCUGACCAAACUCUGUCUGUUGGGGAUUAUGCUGCUGCAAAGAGCAAAUCAAGACCAGUGUCAGCAGGGCUCUGUGUCUCCCAGAAGAAGGUUCGGCAGAUUGAUGAUCCCAUUCAGAGGCUCCUCGUGCAGCUGCACAAAAUUAUUCACAUCACUCAGCUUCCACCAACUCCGCACCACAACAUCAAACGGCGGAUCAUUGAAAGAUUUAAAAAGUCUCUGUUCCGCUAUGGGAGCGAUCCAUACAACCUGAAGGUGGAGCUCAGCAAGCUCCUCCAGGCGUCUCCAGAGCUGAUGGAGUUAGGCUCAGCAAGCUCAGAUCGGUGGCCUCUGGUCCACCACUUCACGGGAGACCCCCAUGCUGCUGACAGCACAGGUGAUAGCAGUCUGAAAGAUGGAGUCACCUAUCAGCAGAUGCAGGGGAUCAUAGAGGAGCUGCUGGAGGAGAACAGCUAUUAUGAAGCAACACACAGCAGGAUCUCAGAGAAAAGAAAUGACCAAGAAAACAAGUGACCAUCGUUCAUGUUCAUCCAAGAUGUCACAGAAGCAGCAAUUUAUUCCACUAUUCCACUAUUUAUUGGUCUUUAAACUAUUGGACAACUUACUGCUGUUUGUUAGCAAUUGUUGUGAUAAGGCUGCAACUAAAGAUUGUCAUUAUUGAUUAAUCUAGAGAUCAUUUCUUUCAAUUAAUCGUUUAGUCUUUCAAAUUCCCGAAAACAGUGAAAAAUGUCCAUCACAGUUUCCGUGAUCAAACUGACCAUUUUGUUUCAUUAACAAUCCCAAAUCAAAAGAUAUUGAAUGUACGAUCAUAUAGCAGCAAAUCCUCAAAGUCGGAACUGGGGAAUGUUUUGAGCAUUUAGAACAUUUUUGAUUUAGGAAUUUCUUAAAUUAUUCAUUGAUUGAGUUAAAAAAUUUCUGAUUAAUCAAUCUCUUUGGUGCUCAGGUAUUGAUUGUUUAUACACACAUGAUGUGACUGUGAAUCUCUAAAGAUAAUUUAAUAUAUGUACACUGUAAGGUAUAUGCAAGUGCUUGUAAGGAAGUUUGAAGUUGAUAUAUAUUUCUUCUUCUCAGUUUAGCCCAUGAGAAGCUUCUCACAUCAAAGUGAACUGGUGUGUAACCUGCAAAUACACAGAAACAACAGACUUGACCUCCAACAAAAAGCUUUUCAUCUGUGGGGUUCAGCUUGUUUGAAACUUUCCGUUUUGUUGUUUCAGGUUUUGUCUGAGUUUAGCAUUUUAAAUUCUCAGGACCAGACUCAGUGGUUUGACUGCCUCACUGCAGGACUGCACAUCACAGCAUGUGUUUCCAGUGGCUGCGAGCCAAAGCUGCUAAGCCAUAUUUCCUCCUUUACUUGACUUUUAAAAAGCUGAUAAGAAACCCAACCCUUUUUCCACUUUUUGCUGUACUUUAACUUUAAAUACUUUGUAAAUGCACUCUAAAAUAUCAUCAUUUUAAUUAUAAUAAACAUCUGAAAUGUUCACUCUA